AGCCAUGUGCAUCUGCUUCCUUCACCAAUCACAGACUCUUGGCUGCCUUUAUCUUCCCCACACACACAUACCACCCAAUCAUAUCUAACCACCUCUUCAUCUCUUUUCUUUUGGCAUUAUAUAUAUCUGCCAAUUCAGAUCUAUACCCCUUUCAUUUCAAUCAUUUACACUUUUGCUUUGCUGCUGACAAACUCUCCUUAAGUCUUUACUUCAUAACUUGAUCUUCAAUACUUUUCCUCAUGUGUUGGAAAGUUGGUUGUUUUCUUGAAUCUUGUUAAAAAAAAACAUGAAUCCAGGAACCCAAAUCCUCAACUCAUCCUCUUAUUUCAUGGGCUUUGAGGGAACCAAAUGGACCCAACAAGAGAACAAAAGGUUUGAGGAUGCAUUGGCCUUGUUUGACAAGGAGACACCCGACAGGUGGCACAAUGUGGCGCGCAUGAUCCCCGGUAAAUCGGUCACAGAUGUCAUCAAUCAGUAUAGGAAACUGGAAGAAGAUAUUAGUGAUAUAGAGGCAGGCGUGUUAGUUGUACCCGAUGAUCCUUUCGCGUUAGAGUGGGCGGCUAAUAUUAAUCAUCCACAACUUUUUAGUCAUGGAGGAAAGAGAUGUCAAUCUAACAGGAUUCUUGAUCAUGAAAAGAAAAAAGGAAUUCCAUGGACAGAAGAAGAGCACAGGCAAUUUCUUUUGGGGCUUAAGAAAUACGGUAAAGGGGACUGGAGAAAUAUAUCGCGUAAUUUCGUGACAACUAGGACACCGACACAAGUGGCAAGUCACGCUCAGAAAUACUUCAUUCGCCAGUUAUCCGGAGGUAAAGAUAAACGGAGGUCAAGCAUUCACGAUAUCACCACGGUGCACAUUAAUCAAACUAUAAAAACAAAUCACUAUCCGGGACAUGACAUGGAACAAACACCAAGUGAAUGCACCACCACACCGCCGCUAGAACCGCCGCACCACCACAUGGCUAAAGCAGCUCUGUACCAAUGGAGCCACCCUAACCAGCAGCAGGUGGCAACAAAUAUGGCAUUAAUGAUGGCACCACUUCAUGGGAUAGGGAGCUCAUCAUAUGGACCACAAUAUGGACAUUUGGGUACAGUUUUUCAAGGGAACUGCUAGGACUGUGGAACAAUAAUCUAGUAUUAAUAUUGUUUGUUUUAGGACUUGAUUUUAUGCUAAUUUAGUAGCUAGGAAGGAAUAUUUAUUGAAGUUUGUAGGAUAAAAGUGAUGUAGUUGUUUGAUUACUUGCUAUUUAGUUUCUAGCACUUGUUCAUUAUUAUUGCAA